UAAAGCCUCCAAGUAACUUCACACCAAACACACUUACUAUUCUCAAAUUUUUAAUUUCCUCACCGGCUAUUAUCUCCGGUCACCGGAGAUGAAUCUCCGGCGAGUCCCUUUCUCUGUUUUUCUCUUCCUCUACCUCAUCCUCUCACCCCAUGCUUUCGCCGACGACCACGCCGGCGACCUCCACCGCAAAAAGCACAAGAUAAAUGGCCCGAUCAAAACCAUCGUGGUCAUAGUCAUGGAGAAUCGCUCCUUCGACCACGUACUCGGGUGGCUCAAGUCGACCCGACCCGACAUCGACGGCCUAACCGGCACCGAAUCGAACCGGAUCUGGGUAUCGAACCCAUCGUCGGAGAAAAUCCACGUCACAGACGACGCACUCUUCGUGGAUUCGGAUCCGGGUCACUCUUUCCAAGCCAUAAGGGAACAAAUAUUCGGAUCCAACGAUAGCUCCGCGAACCCGGCUCCGAUGAACGGGUUCGCGCAGCAAGCCGAGGAAAUGGUCGAGGGAAUGAGCCGAACCGUGAUGAGUGGGUUCAAACCGGAACUUCUUCCGGUCUACACUGAGUUAGCGAACGAGUUCGGUAUUUUCGACAAGUGGUUCGCUUCGGUUCCCGCGUCGACUCAGCCGAACCGGUUCUACGUUCACUCAGCGACUUCACACGGCGCCAUGAGCAACGUUCGAAAGGACCUCAUCCAUGGCUUCCCUCAGAGAACAAUCUUCGACACUCUCAACGACGAAGGCCUCACGUUCGGGAUCUACUACCAGAACAUACCCGCAACGUUGUUCUUCAAGAGCUUGAGGAAGUUGAAGAACGCUGUGAAGUUCCACAGCUACGGUUUGAAGUUCAAGAGGCACGCUAAGAAGGGUAAGCUUCCGAAUUAUGUUGUGGUUGAGCAGCGUUACUUUGAUAUUAUGAUUUCUCCGGCGAACGACGACCACCCUUCGCAUGACGUGGCGGUGGGGCAGAAGUUUGUGAAGGAGGUUUAUGAGACUUUGAGGAUGAGUCCACAGUGGAAGGAAAUGGCGAUUUUGAUUACUUAUGAUGAGCAUGGUGGUUUCUAUGACCAUGUUCCUACACCUGUUGUUGGGGUACCUAACCCUGAUGGGAUCAUUGGAAAUCCCCCUUAUUACUUUCGGUUUGAUAGGUUGGGUGUUCGCGUCCCAACGUUUCUCAUCUCGCCUUGGAUUGACAAGGGUACAGUGAUUCAUGAAGCAGAUGGGCCAACACCAUAUUCUCAAUAUGAACAUUCGUCUGUUCCUGCCACAGUAAAGAAGCUUUUCAAUUUAAAAUCCAAUUUCUUGACAAAGAGAGAUGCAUGGGCUGAAAUGCUUCCUGAAGUCCAGAAACCACUAAGGCCAUAUGGACCUAGAGAAGAUUCAAGUCUCUCAGAAUUCCAGAUGGAACUAAUCCAGCUUGCAUCUCAGCUCAAUGGUGAUUAUUUACUCAACUCCUAUCCAAACAUUGGGGAAAGUAUGACAGUGAGAGAAGCAAACAAGUAUGCAGAAGAUGCGGUGAAGAGGUUCCUGGAAGCUGGAAGGGCUGCCCUUAAAGCUGGAGCUAAUGAAUCUGCCAUUGUCACAAUGAGGCCUUCCCUCACUAGCAGAGUUCCCUCUCUUUCAUCUCUCCACACACUCAUGGAGGUUUCAUGGGAACAAAGUGUCACUUCUUCUAUCAACACAAUCUACCUUCUCUUCUCUGCUUACCUAGUCUUUGUAAUGCAGAUUGGCUUUGCAAUGUUAUGUGCAGGCUCAGUGCGUGCCAAAAAUGCCACAAACAUAAUGCUUACCAACGUGGUUGAUGCAGUGGUUGGUAGCAUAUCCUUCUACCUUUUUGGUUUUGCAUUUGCAUAUGGAAAUUCCAACCCUUUCAUUGGUACAAAUAUGUUUGCUCUAGCUAACAUUCCUAAUGCCACUUAUGACUAUAGUUUCUUCCUUUACCAAUGGGCUUUUGCUAUAGCUGUAGCAGGCAUCACAAGUGGGUCCAUAGCUGAGAGAACCCAAUUCAGUGCAUAUCUUGUUUUUUCAUUUUUCCUUAGUGGGUUUGUGUACCCUGUUGUGGUCCAUUGGCUAUGGUCAUCCACUGGUUGGCUCAGCCCAAGUUCCAGUGACCUGUUCCUGGGCUCAGGGGCCAUUGACUUUGCCGGUAGUGGAGUGGUUCAUUUGGUUGGUGCAAUUGCUGGGCUUUGUGGAUCCAUCAUAGAAGGCCCACGAGCUGGCCGGUUCGAUGCUUUCGGCAAGCCCGUACCUCUUCGAGGCCACAGUGCAACACUUGUGGUCCUUGGAACAUUCUUACUAUGGUUCGGUUGGUUUGGAUUUAACCCGGGAUCGUUCGAUAAAAUCGCGGUGGCCUAUCCUAACACGUCGGACCUAGGUAAUUGGACUUCGGUGGGCCGGACUGCCGUGGUAACUACUUUAGCCGGUUCGACAGCCGGGAUUGUCACCUUACUCGGCCGCCGAUUAUUAAUUGGUCAUUGGGAUGCAAUGGAUGCUUGCAAUGGAUUGCUUGGUGGGUUUGUUGCCAUCACCUCUGGAUGCUCAGUUGUUGAGCCAUGGGCUGCCAUUCUCUGUGGGUUCGUCUCGGCUUGGGUCUUAAUUGGGCUCAACAUCUUGGCACUAAAAAUGAAAUAUGAUGACCCAUUAGAGGCAGCCCAAUUGCAUGGAGGGUGUGGGGUUUGGGGUUUGUUGUUUACAGGGUUGUUUGCCAAAGAGGAGUUUGUGAUCCAAGUCUAUGAUUCAGGUGAGACAGGAAUAACACGACCUUAUGGGCUUCUACUUGGAGGUGGAUGGGGAUUAAUUGGGGCCCAAGUUGUUGAGAUUUUGGUAAUCUUUGUAUGGGUUAGUGCAACAAUGGGCCCUGUGUUCUAUGCAUUGUACAAGCUUAAUAUACUUAGAAUUCCUAUAGAGGAAGAAGUUGCUGGCCUUGACAUCUCAAGCCAUGGAGGGUAUGCUUAUGCUCCUCAAGAGGAUCAUUAUCCUCGAUCUUAUGCAGAUUAUUUGCGUACCCGAGAUGGCCAAUAAUAGUUU